CGCUGUUCUUUCUCUAUCUCUCUCCCUGUCCUUUGACGCGCAAUUCCCACGGCAUCCCAACUCAAAGAGUCAUCUUCCUCUCUCUUUCCCCAUUCGCUGCUUCACUUUCCCAACAAGACCCAAAGCAUUUUCCCCAACCAACAUCGACGAUACCACCGGAAAGAUCGUUGCCCAGGUGGAGAAAAACCGGAGCUUGCGAUGUCCGGAUCGUGCUACGGGCACCUGGAGAGGUGCUUCGGCGGCCGCGGCGGCGACAAGCUCUCGUGGCACGUCGAUCUGAAGCCGCACGCCUCUGGGGAUUACUCGAUCGCGGCCGUGCAGGCGAAUUCCUCGCUGGAGGAUCAAGCUCAGGUCUUGACGACCUCGUCGGCCACGUACGUCGGGGUCUACGACGGCCACGGCGGGCCCGAGGCGUCCCGCUUCAUCGCUCGCUCCCUGUUUCCCUUCCUUCACAAGCUUGCGUCGGAGCACGGUGGAGUAUCCUCUGAAGUCAUUAAGAAGGCAUUUGAGACUAUAGAGGAAGAGUUCUUGCGCUUUGUGAGGCAAUCUUGGCCUGGCCGGCCAGAGAUUGCGUCCAUGGGUUCGUGUUGUCUUGUUGGAGUGAUUUCAAGCAAUGUUCUCUAUGUGGCGAAUCUUGGUGACUCGAGGGCAGUGCUCGGCCAGAGGGUAUCGGAGAAAAAUGUAAAUGGCGCUGUGGUGGCGGAGAGAUUGUCCACCGAUCACAAUGUUUGUGCUGAGGAGAUUAGGAAGGAGGUUGAGGCCCUUCAUCCUGAUGACUCGGGUGUCGUUGUGAAUACUCGCGGGGUUUGGAGAAUCAAGGGAAUAAUUCAGGUGUCAAGAUCAAUCGGAGAUUUCUACUUGAAGAGACCCGAGUUUAAUCAAUGGGGACCAGCAAUUCCCUUAAGAAGACCUUUAAUGACUGCAGAACCCUCUAUAGUAAUUCGAGAAUUAAAGAAAAACGACUUAUUCUUGAUAUUCGCUUCAGAUGGUCUCUGGGAGCAUUUGACUGAUGAAACAGCUGUUGAAAUUGUCUCCAAGAAUCCACAAGCUGGGAUAGCCAAGCGACUGGUGAGAGCUGCCCUUCAGGAGGCUGCGAAGAAAAGAGAGAUUCGAUUUGACGACAUAAAGAAAAUUAAGAAGGGCAUAAGACGCCAUUUCCACGACGACAUAUCGGUGGUCGUGGUUUUCCUUGCCCACUCGCGCGAUUCUCGUAGCUCUAGAGUCGUGCGUCAAGACAUCUACGACAGCACAUCUGUGCCUGUCGACAUUUCUUCUCACAAUGCAGAUGAAGCCGAUUGCUGAUGUAUAUGGCGGAUGAAGCUGAUGUACAGUAUCAAGAGAGUCCCAAGACGAUACAAUCCCAUACGCAUUCGCUGUAGAUUAGGCAGUUGUACAUAAGUUCUGAAGCGGGCAAUCCGGAAGUCGUAGGUAGUAGAUGCUUGUGACUUUAUAGCGAUGUACUGUUGUGAUAUAAAGCUACACAUACAGGGCAAUUGAGAAUUUCAUCAGAGAUGGACCAAAUGAGAUUACUACUCAAACCAUUUUUGCCUCCAAGCCAAUUUCUUUGUACUUGAUUGGCCUCAUACAGAUGAUAAUCUGUCACAGAUCAAUGGAAGAAUCAAUAGAGGUCCUUGUUUUGAUCUGUUUUGA